AUGGCUUCUCUGCUCCUCCACCUUGCGUUCUAUCUUCUGAAAGCAGCCUUGGCAGGGCUACUCUUGUGCGUUGUCGGAUGGAUCCUACUGUUCAUCGUCUUCUACGUCAAGGAGUCGAUCCAAGGUUCCAACAGACCUCCCAUCGCCGGCACCAUCUUCCACCUGCUGAUCCACUUCAACGCCGUCUUCGACUUCCAGACCGCCGUCGCUCGCCGGCACAAGACCUUUCGGCUGAUCGCACCCCCUCACAGCGAUAUCUACACGGCCGAUCCGGCCAACGUCGAGCAUGUUCUGAAGACCAACUUCUCCAAGUACAGCAAGGGGCAGGGCAACUAUACCGUCAUGAGGGAUCUGUUCGGCGAUGGGAUCUUCGCGGUGGACGGCGAGAAGUGGCGCCACCAGCGGAAGCUCGCCAGCUUCGAGUUCUCCGCCAGAGUCCUUCGGGACUUCAGCAGCGUCGUGUUCAGGUCGACCGCCGCAAAGCUGGCGCAGAAGAUCUCCGACGCCGCCGCCACCGCGAGUGUCUUCGACAUGCAAGAUCUUCUGAUGAAGGCGACGCUGGACUCGAUCUUCAAGGUGGGGUUCGGCGUUGAGCUCGACACCCUCUCGGGAUCGGAUGAGUUGGGGGCUCGCUUCAGCGAGGCCUUCGACGACGCCAACUCCAUCGUGUUCUGGAGGUACGUCGACGUCUUGUGGAAGGUCAAAAGGCGUCUCGACGUCGGCAUCGAGGCUCGGCUGAAGAGGAACAUCAAGGUGAUCGAUGACUUCGUGUUCCAACUCAUCCGCCGCAAGAGAGACCAGAUGAACAACGGCGAAGAAGACAAGAUGAGCAAAGGAGACAUACUGUCGAGGUUUAUACUGGCAAAGGAAAAGGAACCCGAAAGCACGAGCGAUUCGUACCUGAGGGACGUGAUUCUCAACUUCAUGAUGGCCGGGAAGGACACCACCGCGAACACCCUCACCUGGUUCUUCUACCUGCUGUGCAAGCACCCAUCGAUACAAGAGAAGGUCGCAGCCGAGGUGGAAGACGCGACCAAGGCGGAAGGAAACAAGUCGGACAUGGCAGAGUUCGCCAUGAGCUUAACCGACGAAGCCAUCGACAAGAUGCAGUAUCUCCAUGCCGCGCUCACCGAGACCUUACGGCUCUAUCCAGCUGUUCCUGUGGAUGGGAAGAGUGCAGACGAAGAUGAUGUGCUACCUGAUGGCUUCGAGGUGAAGAAGGGAGACGGAAUCACUUACCUGACCUACGCCAUGGGGAGGAUGACGUACAUUUGGGGUGAAGAUGCUGAAGACUUCAGGCCUGAGAGAUGGAUCGAGAAUGGAAGUUUCAAGCCGCAGAGUCCAUUCAAGUUUGUCGCCUUCCAUGCGGGCCCUCGGAGUUGCCUGGGGAAAGACUUCGCGUACAGGCAGAUGAAGAUUGUGGCCGCCGCCACCCUCCGUUUCUUCAGGUUCCAUCUGGAGGACGAGUCAAAGACCGACAGAUACAGGACAAUGUUUACUCUGCACAUACGUGAUGGCCUUCCUCUGCUAGCAUUCUACAGGCAAAUUUAGACUGAGCUACCUAUGCAUUGUAGUAGUUCAAGUGGCUCAGACCUCCUCAGAUGUCUCUAAACUAUUUGGUGUUGUGUGAUUGAGAUAGUAAAUACUCUUGGGAACUCUUAUAUACAGGUGUUUCCCCUAAGAUAGAAAACAUGCAUUUAUGGAUAUAGACUCAAAAUCAGUAGGAAAUUAAAAUUA